UUUUACUUUCUGUUUGAGGGAAGCCUGAAGCACGAGACAGUUGGGCAGUGUUGCUGCCCGGUCAUGUGGUUUCCAGUAAAGUGAUGGCGGGGUAAAGUUUACGUGUCUCAGUAAUAAUGGCUCAUCUGCUGUCGCUGCUUCUCCUGCUGCCCCGAGCGUGUGCUGAACUCCAGAUCUCUGCUCCGACCUCUCAAGCAGCCCUGCAAGGAUCAGACGUCCUUCUAAACUGCAGCUUCUCUGUGGAUGACCGCCACGUGGAUCCCAAAUACCUUGCCGUGUUAUGGUAUUUUAAAGAAAAAAUUAUUCUUACGUCUGAUAGUAAAGGUAAAGACCUCAGCCCAAGGAUUUCAUUCAACGAACGAGCGGCUUUAGCUGGUGACGCUUCUAUAAAACUGUCUGACGUCAACAUUGAGGAUGAAGGACUCUACAGGUGCGUGGUGAUCUACGCCCCGGACAAAAAAGAGAAGGAGAUCACUCUGAACGUAUUAGUCCGCCCAACGAUCCAGAUUCAUAACAAAUACGUCAGCGAGAGAAGCCUAGUGUGCUCAGCCAGGGGCUUCUAUCCUCCGCCGAUCGGCAUCACGUGGCUUAGAGAUAAAGAGGUCCUUAAGAACGCGACUUUGGACAAACCAUUGAGAGGUCCCGAUGGCGCAUACACAACAGAAAGCACGCUGACGAUAGCGGACGAUCGCGGUCACACAAACGACAUCUUCAUCUGCAAAGUCCACCACGAAUCCCUCGAGGAGCCGCUUCAGGAAAGCACCCUGCUGAUUUAUAGAGAUAAGAGGAACGCCUGGGUGACGACCGCCAGCAUUCUUGUUGGGUUGGCGAUGGUCGGAGCGGUGGUUGGUUUCCUUCUGUGGAAACAGAGACUCCAGAAGAAAGCAUCAGGACGAUUCUCGCUGAAUGACAUCCAGGGGCCGGAGAAACUCGUCGACGGAGAAGAAGUGGUUCUGAUCUGUACGGCCACCAACUGUCCAGGAACGCCGCGGGUUACGUGGUUUGAGAAAGGAAAGGUGGGACCCUUAGAAAUUCUAGAGCCUCCAGACAGCGGUCCGGGGGAGUCCGAGCAGCCGCUGACCAGAACGUACGCGAUCAGGAAGAAAGCGGAGGGAUUUGGGGAUUAUACCACCAGCCUGAGGUUUAGAUUCUGCUUCCAGAAGCACAACAGGCUCUCCUUCAUCUGUCGAUUCACCAGCGACAAAGUAUUCAAGGAGAAGACCUUCCACUGCACAUCAGUUUAUGCCAAACCCCAGCUGGCCGAGCCGAUAAAAGCCUCGCUCUGUAUUUCCGGGGAGGUUGUCUGCUCGAUCUCCUUGCAGAAUUUUUACCCCCAACAAAUCAAAAUUGGCUGGAAAUGUGAACGGGGAGACCUUCCGGCAAAAUUAUCAUCCAAGGAGAAGUUUCAGACAAACCCUGACUUUACCGUCAACGUUUGUAGCAAAGUCAGAAUCCCGGGGGAUUUCUUCAGAGACCCGGAAGGCAAGCUGAGCGUGACGUGGGAGCACGAAUGUCUCGCCGCGCCCGGAUCCUGUGCGCUGUCUGCCAGGAGCCCAGGCUACCCUUGGAACCCCGUUGUAGAGGAAAUAAAGACACCUUUACUUUUCCACGGAAUUCCGGUAAAACUGGAGUGCAAAAUCUCAAAUUAUUUCCCGGACGCACUGACCGCGAAUUGGCUGAUUAAAAAUAACGGGAGCCCGGAGGAACUCCCCGUCCCCGACAAGGAGAACGUUUUAGUUACGAAAUCCCAAAACAAGGAGGAUUUCACCCACAGCUGCACCUCCAGCCUGACCGUCACCCCAACGCUCGGGGCUCAUCAGGGAGCGGAGUACGUUUGCAGGGUCUCGCACCCCUCUCUGGAGACCCCAAUUGAGAGAAGAACCGAGAAGCUCCGUAUACUGGCCAAACCCUGUAGGAAGGAGCCUAUAAAGGCCACACUGAUGGAUUCUUCCCGAAUUUACUUCUCAUUAUAUUUACAGAAUUUUUAUCCCAGGGAUAUCAAGGUCACAUGGUACAAUGACAGGAAAACAUGCAAAUCUUUAUUACCAUCUAAUGAAAUUCUAACACAAUCUGAGGAUCUGACGUCUAACGUCAACAGCUGGGUCGAAACUCUUGGGACAAUUUUUGAAGAUCCCCAGGAUAAAGUAACGGUGACGUGGAAACAUGCGUCUCUGGGUGUUACUGAUUCGAUAUCGCUUUGUGUAAGAGGUAGAAGACAUUCAGAUCCCUAACAUGGAAGCCAACAAAAAAACCGCCCUGAAGUGUAGGAUUUCAGGUUAUUUCCCCGACAAGCUGUCUGUGCGCUGGUUUAAGAAACAGAAAGACCAGGAGACGGCGCUUCCCG